AUGAUGAAGUCCAAAGUGCUAAAGUGUGACUUGUGUUGUUUCUCCAAAGAUGGAUUAUUCUUACUCUACACAAUUGCAAAUAAAAUAUUUUUAAUCGAAUCUGUUUCGCUUGACUUAAAUCGGAUUUAUGUGAACAGCUACAAAGUUGACUCGAUUGAUUUUUCGGAGGAUCAUAUUCAUUUCUUGGCGUUAGCAAAGGAGCAGGGGUGUGUCUCCGUUUACUCGCUGUAUAGUGGUGACGUGGUUAGCGUAAUAGAGGACCCUUUCCAGGCCUAUGUCUGUUCCUUUUUUCUCGGCCAAGGGACGAACAUAUGCAUUCAGAAGUACGAACGGAAAUGCAUAAGCAUCUACGACGUGAACGACGCGGAGCAUUCUCUAGUCACCAUCCAACAUGUGAAGUCGAAAAGGAAAAAAGCGUAUUGUCUGAGCGCAGGACAUGAAACUCUAGGCUGCCUAACCGAAUCGAACAAGCAAAACAAAAUAGUGCUGCUCUGUUUGCAGAGUUAUAAAAUCAAGAACGAAAUAAUCUGCACUAACUUCAAUCCCAGUGAGCUGUUUUUCUCAGCACUGAAUGACAUCAUCGCGUAUAGUAAUAAGUACAAAUCCGUGCAUGUGUACAAGUCGAGUGGGGACCUACUCUAUGUUUAUAACUUCGGGGCGAACUUAGCGUGUGUGACACUCGCGUCGAAAAAUGAGAAGCGGAAUGUCCUCUCAAUGGGCAUGGAAGAUGGAGUUGUCACAAUUCUACACCUGGACAAUUUGAAAGAAAUAAAAAAAAUAACUUUAAGCGAGAUGGUGAUAAUGAACGAGAAAAUGAAAAUAUAUAAAGAGAAUACCCCCACAAGGAACUUCCUAAACGGGGUUCUAUCGCCCAACGCCACCCCCCAAAAGGAGAGAAAGGAAAACUUCUCCUUUUACAGCAACGUCUCGGAAGGUGUUAAGGAAGGUGAAUACAAACUGCUGAAGUGUGAAAAGGGGAUAACGGAUGUAUUCUUUCCAGUGGGGAUCACCUUUUUAUCUUUCAGUCUGUGUGGGACCUUCAUGUCGAUCAUAAGUGAGAGCCACAACAACGUGGUCCGGAUCUACACAACGGAGAAUUACACUUGUGUAGCCAUACUGCAACAGAAAAAAAAAAUAACCUACUUACGGUGGGAUAAUAUUCUGUGCAAGGCAAGGUUGCUCAUUUGCACGAAUUCACCGCACUUAUUUGUGUGGCUUCCGAACGAGUGCGCCAUACUGGAAAUGCCUUGCGGGUUCAUGUGCAAGAUGGCGGAGUGGAACUGCCACGGAACGGCCCUACUGGCAAAGAAUGACAUAAAGCAGUAA